AUGCCUGUGUGUGUUUCAGAACCAGCGGUGGCCAACUGUGUGCAGCGCCCCGUGGACCUUGUGUUCAUGCUGGACGGGUCAGAGAGGAUGGGAGUGGAGAACCACCGCCGCGCCAAGGAGUUCAUCGAGAACGUGGCUCGCCGCCUCACUCUGGCCAAUGGCGAAUCAGACGACAGGAAUGCCCGCAUCGCCCUGCUGCAAUAUGGCAGCCAAUCAGAACAGAGGGUUGAGUUUUCGCUCACACACAAUCUGACGGUGAUCGCUGAUUCGCUGGCUGGGAUGAGCUACAUGGACUCCGCCUCCUCUCUGGGCAGCGCCAUCAUACACGCUGUCAAUAACCUGGUGAUGUCACAGGUACACGCACGCACAACACAACGUCAACAACCUAUAGCUAUACUGUCUCUGUGUGGACAGCCAUCUGCCACGUCCUAACACUGUAUAGAUAUACUGUCUCUGUGUGGACAGCCGUCUGGCGCGUCCUAACACUGUAUAACUAUACUGUCUCUGUGUGGACAGCCAUCUGCCGCGUCCUAACACUGUAUAACUAUACUGUCUCUGUGUGGACAGCCGUCUGGCGCGUCCUAACACUGUAUAACUAUACUGUCUCUGUGUGGACAGCCAUCUGCCGCGUCCUAACACUGUAUAACUAUACUGUCUCUGUGUGGACAGCCGUCUGCCACGUCCUAACACUGUAUAACUAUACUGUCUCUGUGUGGACAGCCGUCUGCCGCGUCCUAACACUGUAUAACUAUACUGUCUCUGUGUGUUCUACAGGGGAGCCGUCUGGCGCGUCCUAACACUGUAUAACUAUACUGUCUCUGUGUGGACAGCCAUCUGCCACGUCCUAACACUGUAUAACUAUACUGUCUCUGUGUGGACAGCCGUCUGGCGCGUCCUAACACUGUAUAACUAUACUGUCUCUGUGUGGACAGCCAUCUGCCACGUCCUAACACUCUAUAACUAUACUGUCUCUGUGUGGACAGCCAUCUGCCACGUCCUAACACUGUAUAACUAUACUGUCUCUGUGUGGACAGCCGUCUGCCGCGUCCUAACACUGUAUAACUAUACUGUCUCUGUGUGGACAGCCAUCUGCCACGUCCUAACACUGUAUAACUAUACUGUCUCUGUGUGGACAGCCAUCUGCCGCGUCCUAACACUGUAUAACUAUACUGUCUCUGUGUGGACAGCCGUCUGGCGCGUCCUAACACUGUAUAACUAUACUGUCUCUGUGUGUUCUACAGGGGAGCCGUCUGGCGCGUCCUAACACUGUAUAACUAUACUGUCUCUGUGUGGACAGCCAUCUGCCACGUCCUAACACUGUAUAACUAUACUGUCUCUGUGUGGACAGCCGUCUGGCGCGUCCUAACACUGUAUAACUAUACUGUCUCUGUGUGGACAGCCAUCUGCCACGUCCUAACACUCUAUAACUAUACUGUCUCUGUGUGGACAGCCAUCUGCCACGUCCUAACACUGUAUAACUAUACUGUCUCUGUGUGGACAGCCGUCUGGCGCGUCCUAACACUGUAUAACUAUACUGUCUCUGUGUGGACAGCCAUCUGCCACGUCCUAACACUGUAUAACUAUACUGUCUCUGUGUGGACAGCCAUCUGGCGCGUCCUAACACUGUAUAACUAUACUGUCUCUGUGUGGACAGCCGUCUGGCGCGUCCUAACACUGUAUAACUAUACUGUCUCUGUGUGGACAGCCGUCUGCCACGUCCUAACACUGUAUAACUAUACUGUCUCUGUGUGUUCUACAGGGGAGCCGUCUGGCGCGGCGUAAUGCAGAGCUGUCGUUUGUCUUCAUCACUGACGGCAUCACUGCCAGCGACAGCCUGGAGGAGGGCGUGUCGGCCAUGCGGCGGGCUGAGGGUGUUCCCACGGUGAUCGCCAUGGGGACUGACACGGACCAGGACGUGCUGAAUAAGGUUGCCCUGGGUGACACAUCAGCCAUCUUUAGAGGGGAGGACUAUGCCACGCUGGGGAAACCUACCUUCUUCGAACGCUUCAUCCGCUGGGUCUGCUAA